AUGGAGGGCAGCGGCGGCAGCAGCAACAACAAUCCCGAGCAGCAGACAAGCCUGAUGGGCGGCCAUGCUCAGUACCUUAAAGGCGUCGGAGAGGCAGCUGUUGGAAGCAUCAGCGGCUCCAAAUCCUGGGCCGACUCGGGAGCGCAAGACAAGGCAGCCGGCCUCGCCGCAAUGAAAAAGGCUGGCGAGCAGAGAGAUCCCAACCAGGGUUAUGGACGAGCAGAGGAGUGGGCUGGCAAAUUGACCGGCUGCGAGGGAAUGCAGAAAGAGGGCUUCGCAAGCGCUCAUCAGAGAAAAGACUGA